AUGAAUCAAAGGAUCGAAGAGUCUGAGGCAGAGGGGUAUGUCUACUCCGAAUUGGAGUCUGAGAGCGAGAGAUUGAGGGAAGAAAGUAGGACCAAGAAGAGAAAUGAUCCCAUUAGUAGUGACAGCGAGCAAGGAGAGUUUGAGAUUGGGGUGAACAUUGGACAUGAAGAGAGUGAUGAGUCUGAGAGUGAAGAAGAAGGAGAGGAGGUCAAUCAGGAGGUUGAUGAAAGUGGGCAUGAGAGUAACCAAGAUGAGCCCAUGGAGGAGGCUGAGCCACAAGAAGAGGAGGAUGAGCUCCUGAUGAUAAGAUUUGUGUAUGGGUGUGAAAGAUAUGAAUGA